AUGUUCUCAUCGCUUGGCCGCCGAUGCUUCAGCGUGCUAAGAUCAGCCCACCCUCACAUCCGGAAGACCGUGCCAAUAACGUGUGGCUCUGGAGGCUCCGUAGACAUUGACUUGUACAACAUUGAUGAGUUUUUACCACCAAAAUUCCUCAUCGUUCAUUUGCCUCCGCUGCCGGAGAGUGCCAAUGGCGUGAAGCGAUUGCCAGAGUUUCUGUAUGAUUGGCCCGUCGCCAGCAUCAACUACCGGUGGACGACUGAGCGCCUCAAUGCCCCCAGCCAGGAAGACGACGAGUUCCUCGACACUGCCAACUGGCCUGUGCCGAUGCACGAUGUGGCAUUUGCCUACCAAUGGAUCGCCGAAGCUCUGGCACCGCCAAAUUAUGGUCGAGGCGGCAUCUACGUCUACGGCUCUCAUCUCGGCGCUGGCCUGGCCAUGUCACUCUCCUUGACAGAAGCGCACCCGCAUAAACGCUUCUGUGUCCGUGGUGUUGCAGCCUACAACGGCAUCUACAACUGGACCAUGUUCCUGCCAGGCCACAAGACUCUCGGCACCAAGUCCGUGAGAGACGCAAUGAGGGCCAUACGGCGCUCAAACGGCAAUGCUCGAAUCGACUCCCUGCAGAAGCGAUUGGUAUCCCUGUUCGAUGAGCCGACUAAUCUCUUUGACCCCUUUGCGAGCCCGAGCCUCUUCUUCCACAACCCGGGGCUGCCCAUACCCGAAUCGUUUUACGCAUCUGCCGAGUUUGCGGGCAUUGUGAAGACGAUGAAGGGAGAGAAAUCUGACGGGACGGAGACGUCUACCACGCCUCGUAGGUCGUACCUUGUGUUUCCCCCGCGAGCGUCGACUCUCAAGAUUCCUGAAACGAUGCUCUUACACGAUGCACCGGCUUGGUCACCGUUGCAUCAGCCACAGCCGAAGACGACGAAAGCAACAGCACCAAGUUUCAAAGUUCACGAUACAAGACACACGUUCAUGGCUCAGGCAGACGAAAUGGCUAGUUUAAUGCGGCGCAGCAUCGCCAAGGUUGAGCUUAAGGAGCGGGCCAGAUGGGAUGAAGACGUGCACCUCUUGGCUGCGGAGCCCGAGCGGAGGAUCAAGGUUGUCGAAGUAGGACAAGAACAAGAGGGAGAAGAGCUUGGCUUGAACGACGCUGGGCAGCAGGCGGUUUCGGAUUGGCUGGGGAAGCUCAAUAUACGACGAUGA